AUGAAAUUUAAACGAACAGCUCAAGGUACAUUUAUAUCUGAUUCACGCCCACGACAUGUUGCCAUUGGAUAUUUUAAUGAUGACAAUUAUUUGGAUCUUGUAGUUGCUACUUCGGGUAGUGAUAAUAUUGGUAUUCGUCAGGGUUAUGGCAACGGAACUUUUUCAUCUCGAAUUAAUUAUUCAACUGGACGUCUAUCUCUUCCAUAUUGGGUCGCUGUUGGAGAUUUCAAUAAUGAUAAUUUAUCUGACAUUGCUGUUGCUAAUUAUGGUACGCAUAAUAUAGGUAUAUUUCUUGGCUAUGGUAAUUUAAAUUUUUCAAAUCAAUCAACAUUUCAAUUUGAUUCUUCUCGUCCUGUAUCAUUAGCAAUCGGUGAUUUCAAUCAAGACAAUAGAUUGGAUAUUGCUGUAGUAAAUAAUGGCACUUUCAAUGUAGUUAUAUUACUUGGUUUUGGUAACGGUUCUUUUCAAAUGCAUACAACUUAUGACAUGGGUUAUGAUUCAAUGCCAUCUUCGAUUGCUGUUGCUGAUUUUAACAAUGAUAAUCAACUUGAUAUUGUUGUUGUUAAUUAUGGUACUAGUAAUUUAGCUAUACUUUUAUCUAUGGGAAAUGGAAUAUUUUCAAUGAACACCUAUUCAACUGGACGUGGUUCUAAUCCAUGUUCAGUCGCUAUUGGUAAUUUUAAUAAUGACAAUUCUAGUGAUAUUGCUGUCGCUAAUUCUGCUACUGACACAGUUAGUAUAUUUCUGGGAAAUGGGAACGGAACAUUUACAAUUAACACAACAUAUUCAACUGGUUUUUAUUCUCAUCCACAGUUUAUUGCUGUUGGUAAUUUUAGUAAGGAUAAUACAGUUGAUAUUAUCGUUGCAAAUUCAGGAACAGACAAUGUAAUUAUACUCGAAGGUUAUGGUAAUGGAAUAUUUUCCCUUAAGGCAACGCAUUCAACUGGAUAUGAGUCUAAUCCAUAUGCAAUUGCCGUGGGUGAUUUUGACAAUGACCAUAUAUCAGAUGUCGUUGUCGUUAAUAACGGUAUUAAUUCUAUUCUUGUACUUAGAUCAUAUCUUACUUAUCUCACUCCAAAUGAAACAAAGUAUUCCACCGGUGACUAUUUUUCUCCGUUUUCUAUCGCUGUUAAUGAUUUCAAUAAUGAUAAACAACUUGAUAUUAUGGUUGCCGAUGUCUAUACUAGUAGUGUUUAUCUAUUUAUCGGAUAUGGUGAUGGCACUUUCGAUGACGACAAGUAUUUUUCUAUCGUGGAAGAAGAACAUGAUCCUGAUUUGAUUGCUGCUGGCGAUUUCAACAAUGACAAAUAUGCCGAUAUUGCUGUAUCUAUGUAUUGGACUAAUGAAAUACGUAUCUAUUUGGGAAAUGGAACUGGUCACUUUGAAAACCUAUACAUAUGCAGAGUUGGAAAUGAUUCGAUGCCAGCCGCAUUUACUAUUAAUGAUUUUGACGGCGAUAAAAAUCUUGAUAUACUAGUAGCCAAUAAUGUCGGUGAAAAUAUAGCUUUUUUGCAUGGAUAUGGUAAUGGAACCUUUGCAGAAGCAAUGAAUUACCCGACAGGAUAUAAUUCUCCAACAUCUAUUGAUGUGGGUUAUUUCAAUCGUGACAAUUUGUUAGAUUUUGCUACUACUAAUUAUGAUGACUACACUAUUAGCAUAUAUAUAGGGAAUGGGAAUGGAACUUUCCAAAAUCGGACAUUGCUUUCGACCGACGAUUAUUAUCCUAACUCUCUUGUUGUCGGAGAUUUAAAUAAUGAUAGAAGUGACGAUAUCGUCAUUACUAUUCCAUAUUCUUCGACAAUAGGUGUUUUUUUAGGUUAUGGUAACGGCACUUUUAGAAGUAUGCAAACUUAUUCGACUGACAUUUCAACCAAUCCAUGCGCUGCUGUUUUAAGUGAUUUUAACAAAGACACUAUACUAGACAUUGCGUUUUUGGAUCAGGAUAUUCCCAGUAUCAAUGUACUUUUCGGACAUAGUAAUGGAGAUUUUCUUGAACCAAUUACAUUAGCUAUUGAGGAUGCUUCGUAUUCGUAUUCCAUAGCCACUGGAGAUUUUAACAAUGAUACAGAAGUUGACAUUGUUGUUGGCAAUAUCGGCAGCGAUGAUAUGAGUGUACUUCUCUUACAAUACAAACCCGAUUUCGUAAAUAGUAAAGUUUAUUCUCAAAACACCAGUCCACAUCCAUCGGCAGUUGCCAUCGGUGAUUUCAAUAAUGAUCGUCAACCUGAUAUAGUUGUUACUAAUUCUGGAAUCGACAAUGUACAAAUAUUACUUGAUUAUAGAGAAGAAACUUUCAUGAAUAGAAUUACUUAUUCAACAGGUACUAAUUCACACCCACAACAUGUAGCUGUGGCUGAUUUUAAUAAAGAUAGUCAACUAGACAUCGCUGUUGUUAAUUCUUAUAAUAGUGCUCUAACAAUAUUUCUUAGUUCAGGUAAUGAAACAACUCAUACAUCAUCUGAAUAUAUAACUGGAUAUCCAUCUUUCCCAACUUCUGUUGCUGUUGGUGAUUUUAACAAGGAUAGUUGGAUUGAUGUUGUUGUUGCUAACAAGGCUACAAAUAACAUAGGUAUAUUUCUUGGAUUUGAUUAUCCAACGUUUACAAGUAGUAAUAUUAUUUUACAACAGCGUCAUUCCUCUCCAUAUUACGUUGUUAUAGGUGAUUUCAAUAAAGAUUUUCGAUGGGAUAUUGCAGUUGCUUGUCUCAAAAAGAACAAUAUAGCUGUAUUUUUAGGAAAUGGGAACGGGACAUUUGCAAAUGAACAGUUAAAUGAUUUACCAACAUUAUCUCGUCCACAAUCAUUGGCCAUAGGUGAUUUUAACAACGACAAUCAAUUGGAUAUUGCUGCUGCUAAUUCGCAAGAUCAAAGUAUAAGUAUACUUCUUGGAAAUGGUAGUGGAAUAUUUGCAAAAUAUAUAUCACAAAAUACAAUUGACUCAUCACCAGUUUCCAUUGCAGUUGGCGAUUUUAAUAACGAUAGUAGACAAGAUAUUGUUGUUGCCAUUCAAGAAGCUGACAGUAUUGGCAUAUUCAUAGGAUACGGGAAUGGAUCAUUUGAAGAACAAAUAUCAUAUAAAAUGCCUGAUAAGUCAUCUCCAGUAUGGGUUGUUGUUGGUGAUUUCAACAAUGACAAUGUGCAAGACAUAGCUAUUGCUAACUUUAACGGACAUAGUAUAGGUAUACAUUUAGGAUAUGGUAAUGGUGCCUUUAAAAAUCUAACACUAUAUUCGACCGGAGAUAAUUCUGGUCCCUGUUCAAUUGCGAUUGGAGAUUUUAAUAAAGAUGAAUGGAUGGAUAUUGCUGUAGCUAAUAGGAAUACUCAAAAUGUUGGUAUAUUUCUUGGUUAUGGUAAUGGAACAUUCUCGUUACAAACAACAUAUACAACUGGCUCUGGAUCUAUGUUAAUGUCUAUCGUAGUAAGUGAUAUAAACAAUGAUACUGUCCUUGAUAUUGCUAUCUCGGAUUUUGGAAGUGGAAAAGGUAAUAUUGCUGUAUUAUAUGGAUUAGGUGAUGGAAGAUUUUUAUUACCACAGAUCUAUUCAACUGGUGUUGAUACGGAGCCAUCAUCAAUUGCAAUUUGUGAUUUUGACAAUGAUGGUCGGCUAGAUUUUGUCAUCAGUAACUCUAAAAAGAACAAUAUAGGUAUUAUGCUUCGAGAUAGCAGUCAGCCUUUGGGUCAACAAACAACGUUUCCCACGGGUAGCGAUUCUAGCCCGUAUUCAGUUGUUGUUAGUGAUUUUAAUGAUGAUGGUCGACUAGAUAUUGCUGUUGCGAAUUCUCAAGCGAAUAAUAUUGGUAUUCUUCUUGGAUAUGGGAAUGGGAGCUUUUCCACACAAGAAAUUUAUUCUACUGGUCUCUAUUCAGGUCCUAAAUUCAUUGCUGUUGGAGAUAUCAAUCGUGAUAAACACAUAGACAUUGUUGCAGCUAAUUCUAACACAAGCAAUAUUUGCGUCCUUCUUGGAAAUGGUAACGGUACUUUCACCAUCUUACAAAAUUAUUCAACGGGACAAGGCUCUGAACCAUCUGCUAUUGCUAUUGGAGACUUAAAUAAAGACAAUAAAACGGAUAUUGUUGUCACUAAUAGUGGCAUCAGUAAUAUACUUGUUUUCUUUGGAUCUGACAAUGGAACGUUUUCCGAACCGAGGGCAUAUUCCUUUGACUAUGGAUCUCGUCCAACAUCAGUCGCUAUCGAAGAUUUUGACAAUGACAGUUUGUUGGAUAUCGUUGUUGCCAAUUAUGGUUCAGGUUAUGUAGAAGUUCUUUUACAGACUUGUUAA